AUGGUGCAAUGGUACAAGGCGGCGGCGGCUCCCGCAGCCCAUUGUUCCCAUCCCGACUUGGCAUUCUUCCCUGGGAUCUUCCUGCGGCGGCUCCUUGCUCAACCUGGGAGCCUGAAUCAGAUGAUACCUGCAGCUGGGUGUGGCCUGUCUGCCACUGCCGACAUUCGUUACGUCGCCUCUUACUUGCUGGCCGCCCUCGGGGGCAACUCCUCUCCUAGUGCCAAAGACAUCAAGAAGAUCCUAGACAGCGUGGGCAUCGAGGCGGAAGAUGACCGGCUCAACAAGGCCAUCAGUGAGCUGAAUGGAGAAAACAUUGAGGAUGUGAUUGCUCAGGGUGUUGGCAAGCUUGCCAGUGUGCCUGCUGGUGGGGCUGUGUCUGUUUCUGCUGCCCCUGGCUCUGCAGCAUCUGCUGCUGGUUCUGCCCCUGCAGCAGCAGAGGAGAAGAAAGACGAGAAGAAGGAGGAGUCUGAGGAGUCAGAUGAUGACAUGGGAUUUGGCUUGUUUGAUUAAAUUCCUGCUCCCCUGGGA